AUGGAUCCAGCUGAAGAGCAGAAACAGGAAAUAGAAAUCCUUAAAACAAUCUAUCCUGAGGAACUCGAAAUACUGUCCGAUACAGAGUUUACGAUUAACCUUCUAUUGGAUGUCGAGAGUGAAAGAAAGCAUGCCGUGAAAUUACACAUUAGAUAUCCAGCCACGUAUCCGGAGGUGGUCCCCGAGCUUUGGGUGGUGGCAGGAGAUACCAAUGCUGAUGAUGAAAAGAACGCAGAAGUGGAAAAAGAAAUUGAAGAAGAAGAAGAAGACACAGAUCUUAAAGAUUCACAACGGGCACUUAACCUAAUCGAGACCAUCGAGCUCGACAAGAAGGACAUAGGCGAGCUGUCGGACAAGUUGGAUGAAGAAGCUAAAAUGAAUAUAGGCAUGCCCAGCGUAUUCACUUUAGCAUCUGUGUUGAAAGAUGAUGCCGAACAAAUGUUCAAUAAGAAACUCGAGGCAGAGACUCAAAAGUUAGAACAGGCACGGGUGUCAAGAGAGAAGCAGGAGCAGAAGAAGUUCAUUGGAACAAAGGUCACGAGGGAAAACUUCGAGGCAUGGCAAGUGAAAUUCCGCAAGGAAAUGGGAAUAAAGGAGAGGAAGGAGAAGAGAUUCGAGGAAAUACAUCAGGGAAAGCUAACUGGAAAGGAGAUCUUUGAGAGAGGUCUAGCUGGAGAAGAAGGCGGUGAGCCACAGGUGGCUGCAGAUGAUAUUGCAGGCAUGGAGUCUGUUACUGAAGGGGUGAAGAACACAUCGAUAUAA